CCGGCUUCAUGCAUCAUGUUUAGCAUCAAUUUGGCCCAUAGAUUUCUACUCUAAAUACUGUUAUGUGCCAGAAAAGGUCUGAAGGAUAUAUAUGGCAGGUAAGAAUUGAAAUUGUAUUGCCCACAAAAGGAGUGGUUUUAUGUUUGUAUGAAGUCAAGGAUUUACACAUAGCUCCUAGCUUAUUGAGUGCAAUGAGCUACUAGUUAGCUGCUAAUAGUGUAAAAUGUAAACAACUGGUUAAGUGGUCGUAUGUUUAUAGUUAAAAUGCAUUUAAAAUAUAAUCUUCUGCCUUUUAAUUUAAAAUGCUACGAAUGAAAUGAAACAAAUGCACCAGAACCAAUUAAACAAAGGGAGGUGUGGUUUCCCAGCUGGCAUAUGAGUAAUAUAAACAUGACUAUUAAUCUAUUAAAGUAAGACUACAAUUAAGAUGGAAGAAAGGCAGUAUUCAUCUCUGACGGCUCCUAUGGAUUAUCUUCAGUACUGGUGAGUUUGCAUAGCUCCAAAAGAACCCAAAUGAGUUUUAAACUCAUUAAGUUUGAUUAAUUAAAUUGCUUCCUUUAACCGCUUUCUCUAAUACUUGUUUUGAAAACAUCAGUGUUUUCAUAUAAUGUGAUUUAAGAAAUAUAACCCAGUCCAAAAAAUGCGCUCAUCCGGAAACUUUGAUGAGUAGGUGUAUUAAAUAUAUUCAGAGAAAGCUGGAAAACACUGGCGAGGUAAUCUUAUUCUUAUUCCAUCAAAUUGCUCUCUCUUUUUCAUUGCGAUUUUGUUUUCUCAGGUACCAAGCUAAUCAACAGUUUCAGCCGGAGCAGGUGCCACAGUACCACCAGAUGGUUAACAAUGCCCAAUACACUGAGAGACCGAUGGAGGAGAAAGUCAUGACUGAUUUGUCAGUACAUCAAGAUCCAUAUCUGGAUCAAACUCAACAGCCCAAUCAACUCUUUGUCCAGCCACCAGAUAUGGCCUUGCCACCAGCCCCUCCGACAACACCAGGAAAGGGGAAGAAAAGAGGCCGGCCUCCAAAAGGUGAAGGAAAGGAUCAGGUGCAGACUGAAGACUCUCCAAAGAAAGCUAAAAGGACACUAGACCGAUUCAAUGGAAUGUCAGUUGAAGAAGUCAUGGCUAGGAAGCUGCCAGAUGUCAUCACCCAUAAUCUUGACAUUCUGAUUAUCGGGAUCAAUCCUGGACUGUUGUCAGCCUACAAAGGGAGGCAUUACCCAAAUCCUGGGAACCAUUUUUGGAAGUGCUUGUUUCUCUCUGGGUUGACUGAUGAACAGCUUAAUCACAUGCACGAUCAGACUUUGCCUGAGAUGUAUGGCAUUGGUUUCACCAAUAUGGUGGAGAGGACUACACCAGGAAGUAAAGAUCUGUCAAACAAAGAGAUCCGUGAAGGUGGUCACCAACUUUUGGAAAAGCUUCAGAAGUACAGACCGUUAAUUGCUGCUUUUAAUGGCAAAGGCAUUUAUGAAGUAUUUUGCAAGGAAGUUUUUGGAGUGAAGGCCAAGAACUUAGAAUUCGGAUUGCAGCCUUACAAAGUGCCAGACACAGAGACGGUUUGCUACCUGAUGCCAUCAUCAAGUCCACGUUGUGCACAGUUCCCUCGUGCUCAGGAUAAAGUGCACUUCUACAUUAAGCUAAAAGAAGUCAGGGAUCAGAUGAAGGGAAUGGACAAGACUCAAGAAAUCCAAGAGACAAACUACACUUUUGAUGUUUCUCUGGCCAAAGAGGAUGCCAAAAGAUUAGCAAUCAAAGAGGAACAGCAUGACCCUGGGUAUGAGGAGACCUGUGGUCAUGGAUCAUGGGGGGAACAACAGCAAAUGUUUGGUGUCCAUCCUUCUAACGGGACAGGUAAUGGACCACAGGUGGACAAUGCAACCAUUUGCAGACCAGAUUCCAGACAUCAGAUGUAGCAGCAACAAUGGAACAACCUGAGAAAAGAGGUUAUUGGAAAAGGCUUCUAUUAUGCCCAUGUCUACACUGCAUGUAUAGAGGAGGACCAACAAGAUCUUUUUUUAUUAUUAUUGAUAUUUUAUGUUUAAUACAUUUACUUAUGUGUGCUUACAAUUUGUGUGUGGAGAUACAAAGUUUUGUUUUCAUGAAAGCUGGAUUGAACAUGAAUGAAUUUCCUCAAAUAUGACUGGUUAAAACAAAUGAUCCUGUUUUAUUUUAGACAGUUUCACAUGUACUGUCUAAAAUACAUUGUCUAUCAUACUGAUAUUAUUUUUAGAUGGAAAGGAUCUCCUUCAGUUUGCACACAAAGACUCUCAGUGCAAGAAAUCCCUAAUGCAAGCCACUGUUGGACUCUAGAAGGUAGUUGUCUUCUAGAGGUGUAUCACUGUGCAUGCCCUCCAUGCAUGUUUUUUACGUAGUACUGCAGAUGGCAUGCCCAGACCUACAUUAUGGUGCUUAUUUAAUAUUAAUUAAUACAAUUUACCUCAAUUUGAAUGGAAUUUUUAGACUUUUUACAAUUGAUUUUAUUGUUAUGGUCACAACCAGAGUGCAUACCUGUUUUAUGUGUAAUAACACAUACGUUUUAUGUGUUUUGUAGCAGUUUUAAUCCAUGUUUUUACCUCAUAAUAACAAUCUGGCAUUGUUGUUGUUUGUGAGAAUGCAUUCUGUAUCAUGUAUAUCAUUCUUUAAGGUGUAUUUUAUUAUUUUUUUAUAUGUUGGUAUUAGCCUACUGAUGGAUUGCUUUGGAAAAUAAAAACAA